CUAAAAAUCAAUGGAAAAAGAUUUGGGUGAGGGUUAACCAAAAAAAGGAACAUGGUAUGGUUUAUGUAAUUAUCAUUGGUAAAAGAAAAAGUGGAAACUGCCCUUCAGUAGGUCUGCUGAUGGCCCACACGUAGAAAACCUGAGGGCAGUGGCACUUACAAUGACUCUGGUCACCCUUAGUACAGGUCAAAGGUGUAACAUUUAGUAAUUAGGAAAAGCAUUUCUUCAAGGAUUCUAAGCUGAUGUCUGCCACUCUCUAGUGGUCCAUCCCUCACCAGCAGUCCCUGUCUUGGCCCCAGGGGCCCCUCUAGCCUGGCCAGCCGAUCCUCUAUUCCUAUUUCCGAAGCUCCUGCUCCUGGAGAGUUCGAAUCGCUCUGGCCUUGAAGAGCAUCGACUAUGAAACAGUGCCUGUCAACCUCAUAAAGGAUGGGGGCCAGCAGUUCUCCAAAGAAUUCCUGGCACUGAAUCCCAUGAAGCAGGUGCCGGCCCUGAAGAUCGAUGGCAUCACCAUUGGCCAGUCGCUGGCCAUCAUCGAGUACCUGGAGGAGACACGGCCCACUCCGCGGCUCCUGCCUCCGGAUCCAAAGAAGAAGGUCCUCGUGCGCAUGAUCUCCGACCUCAUCGCCAGCGGCAUCCAGCCCGUGCAGAACCUGUCUGUCCUGAAGCAAGUGGGACAGGAGAACCAGCUGACCUGGGCCCAGAAGGCCAUCACUUCGGGCUUUCACGCUCUGGAGCAGAUCCUGCAGAGCACAGCCGGGAAGUACUGUGUGGGAGACGAGGUGUCCAUGGCUGAUCUCUGCCUAGUGCCUCAGGUGGCAAAUGCUGAAAGGUUCAAGGUGGAUCUGACUCCCUAUCCUACCAUCAGCCGCAUCAACAAGUCACUGCUGGCCUUGGAGGCCUUCCAAGUGUCUCACCCCUGCCGGCAGCCGGACACACCCCCCGAGCUGAGGGCCUAGCUCUCCAGCCAUGCCCCGCUGGUGCAGGAGCAGAAGCUGGGCGGGCUGAACAGGUCUGGAAAUGAGCAAGCCCUCACUGGAGAAGCAGGAGACUUGCACUCCGAGCCCUUGAACUUGAACUGUAGCCCUGGAUAUGCCUUCACACAGAACCUCUGUCUGCUUUCGUCCCUUCAUCUGUCACAUGUGGUCAGA